AUGGAAAGAAUUAAAAGUCGUGGCCUUGAUUAUUCUAUUUUUGGAAAAGGCAGUGAAUAUAAAAAGUUUGAGGAACAAGAGGGUCCUCACAAAGUCUAUUUCAGGCAAGUGACAAAAAACACCCCUGAAAAAAGACCCACUUACAGAAAACUCACAUCUCUUGCUCUAUAUCAGAAAAGUCAUAAUAGAGAAAAGCCCUAUGAAUGUGGGGAAUGUGGGAAGGCUUUUAGAGUACGCCAACAACUUACUUUCCAUCAGAGAAUCCAUACCGGUGAGAAACCCUAUGAAUGCAAAGAAUGUGGAAAGACCUUUAGACAAUGUGCCCACCUGAGUAGACAUCAGAGAAUUCAUACAUCUGACAAACUCUAUGAAUGUAAAAAGUGUGGGAAGAUCUUUACAUGUAGCUCAGACCUUCGAGUACAUCAGAGAAUUCAUAUUGGUGAGAAACCCUAUGAAUGUAAGGAAUGUGGGAAAGCCUUUAGAGUGCGGGGACAGCUUACUCUCCACCAGCGCAUUCACACUGGUGAGAAACCCUAUGAGUGUAAGGAAUGUGGGAAGACCUUCAGACAGUAUGCACACCUUACUCGACACCAGAGACUUAACAUCGGUGAGAAGUGCUAUGAGUGUAAGGAAUGCGGGCAGGCUUUUCUGUGCAGUACCGGCCUUCGAAUCCACCACAAACUCCAUACAGGUGAAAAACCCUAUGACUGCAAGGAGUGCGGAAAGGCCUUUAGGGUACGCCAACAACUUACACUACAUCAGAGGAUUCACACAGGUGAGAAGCCCUAUGAUUGUAAGGAGUGUGGGAAGACCUUUAGUCGCGGCUAUCACCUGACUCUCCAUCAGAGAAUUCAUACAGGUGAAAAACCUUACGAAUGCAAGGAAUGUCAGAAGUUCUUUCGUCGUUACUCAGAACUUAUUUCACAUCAAGGUAUUCAUAUUGGAGAGAAACCUUAUGACUGUAAGGAAUGUGGGAAGGCCUUUAGGCUAUUCUCACAACUUACUCAACACCAGAGCAUUCAUUUUGGUGAGAAACCCUAUAAAUGUAAGGAAUGUGAGAAGACUUUCCGACUGCUCUCACAGCUUACUCAACAUCAGAGCAUUCACACUGGUGAGAAACCCUAUGACUGUAAGGAAUGUGGAAAGGCCUUUAGACUUCAUUCAUCACUUAUUCAACAUCAGAGAAUUCAUUCUGGUGAGAAACCCUACAAAUGUUCAGAAUGUAAGAAGGCCUUCAGACAACAUUCACACCUCACUUACCAUCAGCGAAUUCAUAAUGUAACUUAG